AACAAGUCCAGAUCAUUCAAGUUGAUUCUCAACCUUUCCUGAAUUAAGACAGGUUCGAGGUGUUAACCAAAACAAAUAAGACAAGUUCUUGAAAAUACGAGAUUCCUCUUCAGCAUCUUAUAAAUACCUCCCACCUAUCCCGUUUUGUAACAUCAAGAAAUUAGUAUCUGAUCGUCGAAACAGUCAGCAACCUUAACACUUACUAUUUCCGUCGUCUGAAGUUUUUCAUCAUCUUUGCUUCGUGGUACAGCAGAAAUGGCGAUGAUCCCAAGCUUCUUUGGUAACCGACGGAGCAGCGUCUUUGAUCCGUUCUCUCUAGAUGUUUGGGAUCCAUUCAAGGAUUUCCCUCUCUCUUCUCCUUCUUCAUCACUCUCCACGCGCUCUUCUGAAACCUCAGCUUUUGUCAACGCCCAAAUCGACUGGAAGGAGACCCCCGAAGCUCACGUCUUCAAGGCUGAUCUUCCUGGACUCAAGAAAGAAGAAGUGAAAGUGGAGAUUGAAGAUGACAGGGUACUUCAAAUCAGUGGACAGAGGAAUGUUGAGAAGGAAGACAAGAACGACACUUGGCACCGGGUUGAACGUAGCAGCGGCCAGUUUAUGAGGAGAUUUAGGCUGCCAGAGAAUGCCAAGAUGGAUCAGAUCAAGGCUUCCAUGGAAAAUGGGGUUCUUACUGUUACUGUUCCUAAGGUGGAAGUGAAGAAACCUGAUGUCAAAGCCAUUGAUAUUGCUGGUUAAACACUCGUGUUUGCAGGUUUUGUUGUCAAUUCUACGAACUGUUUAUAUAAUUUGUCUGUCUGCUUGUCUGCAACUUUGGGAAUCUUAAUGUGUGGUCUUAGCCUGACCAAGUGAUAAACGAGGUUUAGAUUUGUGUUUGUGCAUGAUUUUGGCUUGUAAUGCUACCAGGUUCUCAUGUACAAUGUGAAAAUGCUGGUAUCAUCAAUGUAAA